AUGUGUCUUGCGUGUACUUCCACUCUUGCUCCGCCUUUCGCGAGACCAUCGGCUGCCUUGCGCAAGGCCACCCUCCCGUCUCGUCCAGCAGCCGCGCGAUUUUAUGGCGAUUUCGGCGACAUACGCCCGCCGAAUCGCAACCGUCGCGGCCGUCGCGACCAGCAGCCGCGCGGACGCGAUUUCGCGGCGAUUUCGCCGCCAUACGCCCGCCGAAUCGCGACCGUCGCGGCCCCCUCGCUUCCUCCUCCCUCGGGCCAUCCAGCCCUCCCCCACCUUCCCCCUCACUUCCUCCUCCCUCGGGCCAUCCAGCCCUCCUCCCCCUUCCCCCUCGCUUCCUCCUCCCUCGGGCCAUCCAGCCCUCCUCCCCCUUCCCCCUCGCUUCCUCCUCCCUCGAGCCAUCCAGCCCUCCUCCCCCUUCCCCCUCGCUUCCUCCUCCCUCGGGCCAUCCAGCCCUCCUCCCCCUUCCCCCUCGCUUCCUCCUCCCUCGGGCCAUCCAGCCCUCCUCCCCCUUCCCCCUCGCUUCCUCCUCCCUCGGGCCAUCCAGCCCUCCCCCACCUUCCCCCUCACUUCCUCCUCCCUCGGGCCAUCCAGCCCUCCUCCCACUUCCCCCUCGCUUCCUCCUCCCUCGGGCCAUCCAGCCCUCCUCCCCCUUCCCCCUCGCUUCCUCGUCCCUCGGGCCAUCCAGCCCUCCUCCCCCUUCCCCCUCGCUUCCUCCUCCCUCGGGCCAUCCAGCCCUCCUCCCCCUUCCCCCUCGCUUCCUCCUCCCUCGGGCCAUCCAGCCCUCCUCCCCCUUCCCCCUCGCUUCCUCCUCCCUCGGGCCAUCCAGCCCUCCUCCCCCUCCCCCCUCGCUUCCUCCUCCCUCGGGCCAUCCAGCCCUCCCCCCCCCCUUCCCCCUCGCUUCCUCCUCCCUCGGGCCAUCCAGCCCUCCUCCCCAUUCCCCCUCGCUUCCUCCUCCCUCGAGCCAUCCAGCCCUCCUCCCCCUUCCCCCUCGCUUCCUCCUCCCUCGGGCCAUCCAGCCCUCCUCCCCCUUCCCCCUCGCUUCCUCCUCCCUCGGGCCAUCCAGCCCUCCUCCCCCUUCCCCCUCGCUUCCUCCUCCCUCGGGCCAUCCAGCCCUCCCCCACCUUCCCCCUCACUUCCUCCUCCCUCGGGCCAUCGAGCCCUCCUCCCCAUUCCCCCUCGCUUCCUCCUCCCUCGGGCCAUCCAGCCCUCCUCCCCCUUCCCCCUCGCUUCCCCCCCGCAGCCCUCCCGCUGCCGUCGCCGUCCCCCUUAGCCGCCGCAGCCCUCCCGCUGCCGCUGCCGUCUCCCUUCGCAGCCGCGGCUCUCCCGCUGCCGCCGCCAUCCCCCUUCCGCCGCCGCAGCUCUCCCGCUGCCGCCGCCAUCCCCCUUCCGCCGCCGCAACCCUCCCGCUGCCGCCGCCGUUCCCCUUCCGCCGCCGCAGCCCUCCCGCUGCCGCCGCCGUCCCCCUUCGCAGCCGCAGCCCUCCCGCUGCCGUCGCCGUCCCCCUUAGCCGCCGCAGCCCUCUCGCUGCCGCUGCCGUCUCCCUUCGCAGCCGCGGCUCUCCCGCUGCCGCCGCCGUUCCCCUUCCGCCGCCGCAGCUCUCCCGCUGCCGCCGCCGUUCCCCUUCCGCCGCCGCAGCUCUCCCGCUGCCGCCGCCAUCCCCCUUCCGCCGCCGCAGCUCUCCCGCUGCCGCCGCCGUCUCCCUUCGCCGCCGCAGCCCUCCCGUUGCCGCUGCCGUCCCCCUUCCGCCGCCGCAGCUCUCCCGCUGCCGCCGCCGUUCCCCUUCCGCCGCCGCAGCUCUCCUGCUGCCGCCGCCGUUCCCCUUCCGCCGCCGCAGCUCUCCCGCUGCCGCCGCCGUUCCCCUUCCGCCGCCGCAGCCCUCCCGCUGCCGCCGCCGUCCCCCUUCGCAGCCGCAGCCCUCCCGCUGCCGUCGCCGUCCCCCUUAGCCGCCGCAGCCCUCUCGCUGCCGCUGCCGUCUCCCUUCGCAGCCGCGGCUCUCCUGCUGCCGCCGCCAUCCCCCUUCCGCCGCCGCAGCUCUCCCGCCGCCGCCGUUCCCCUUCCGCCGCCGCAGCUCUCCCGCUGCCGCCGCCGUUCCCCUUCUGCCGCCGCAGCCCUCCCGCUGCCGCCGCCGUCCCCCUUCGCAGCCGCAGCUCUCCCGCUGCCGCCGCCGUUCCCCUUCUGCCGCCGCAGCUCUCCCGCUGCCGCCGCCAUCCCCCUUCCGCCGCCGCAGCUCUCCCGCUGCCGCCGCCGUCUCCCUUCACCGCCGCAGCCCUCCCGUUGCCGCUGCCGUCCCCCUUCCGCCGCCGCAGCUCUCCCGCUGCCGCCGCCGUUCCCCUUCCGCCGCCGCAGCUCUCCCGCUGCCGCCGCCGUUCCCCUUCCGCCGCCGCAGCCCUCCCGCUGCCGCCGCCGUCCCCCUUCGCAGCCGCAGCUCUCCCGCUGCCGUCGCCGUCCCCCUUAGCCGCCGCAGCCCUCUCGCUGCCGCUGCCGUCUCCCUUCGCAGCCGCGGCUCUCCCGCUGCCGCCGCCAUCCCCCUUCCGCCGCCGCAGCUCUCCCGCUGCCGCCGCCGUCUCCCUUCGCCGCCGCAGCCCUCCCGUUGCCGCUGCCGUCCCCCUUCCGCUGCCGCAGCCUUCUCCCUUCUCCUUCACAGCCCUCCUGCUGUCACCGCACGGCACGGCACCUUCGGCUGGCCUGCAUCCUCACUUACGACAGGCCCCCCCCCUCCUCCCCCUUCAUGCUUCAGGGGUUGUCCCGUCUCUCAUUCAAGCCUCCUAG